AUGUCAAACAGUUUAUCAAAUAACGGCAUCAGUAAUUUAGCUACCUCUUGGGCCACCAAGGUCGCCUGCAAAGAGUCAUUUUCGGAAGGUUCAGAACAGCUUGGAAUCAGAGAGAGUUGUGGCUGGUCUGCAGAGCUUGCCGAUCUGACCAGUAAAAUCAGCCAAUUGGAACUUGCCCGUCAGAAGAAGGAAAGUGAAGCAGAAGAAUGGCAGCAAAAGGCCCAGGCAGUGCAAGUCGAUUUAGAGAAGACGAAGGAUGAACUGAAGCAUGUGAUGACCACUCCUCAUGUGCAGGAGCCAAUACACGCAGAGAAUGAACAGGAUGAUGAGCAAGAUGAGAAUGGUGCAGAGGCCAGUGCCGAUCUGAAAGCAGAGGCUACAUUGAAGGACCGGAGUGAAGAAGACCGAACCACAGAGGCAGAGAAGAAUGAAAGGGUCCAAAAACACCUUCAGUUGUUAAGCUCAGAGCUGGAAAUGGCCAGAGAUGAAACGAAGAAGACUGCAAAUGACCUUCUGCAUGCUCAAAAUGUGCUUGCUGGAAGAGACAAGUACAAGACACUUCGCCAGAUCCGCCAAGGCAAUACCAAGCAACGUAUAGAUGAAUUUGAAUCUAUGUAACACCCCUAUAAUACUCUUCUCUAUUUGACUCAUUGGUCUCCUUCCUUUCAAUGGCUCAGCUGGAACUGUUUGACCACUUUGAGUCAGAGUUUGAUGCAGUACAAUCUACAAUCAUAGGCCUGUAGUAUUUCACAUCUUCCUCUUAUACAGGAAGAGUGUCUUCAUAAACUUGGUCGUUCCAAGGUUAGUAAGCAGCCGGCCACAGAAAGCUCUUUCUAUUUCUCCUGUAUUUUUGAAAUAUAUUACCCCAAGUAUCUCCUUCUAACAAGCUUCUGCCAUAGUUAACAAUGGAGCUUUGUGUUCCUGUUAUGUUUUCAGUUUAUCAAGACCAAACUUUAAACAUGCUGUUGUCAUUGCCCUGAUAUUAGGUGCAGUCACAUCACUUGGUAUUGGGUGCAGAAAAAAAACUUUGAGAUAGGACAGCACCACUCACUGACGUAUAUUAGUCCAUAUUUGGCAGCAGUGCUUGCGGUGUCAGGCCCCGGCCCUAGGGACCCCUCAAUAGCCAAAAAAAAACGGUAGCACUCGAAUCUUCAAUCCAAUCGUGUGUUUAUUUACACUGAACAAAAGCAACGUUUAGACCCAAAAAGUCUUUUUCAAGCUAGCUUGAAAAAUACUUUUUGGGUCAAAACGUUGCUCUUGUUCAGUGUCAAUAAACACACGAUUGGAUUGAAGAUUCGAGUGCUACCGUUUCUUUCUCACCUUUUUUUGGUAUUGGGUGCAGUACAUUCCAUUGUUCUUCCAUUGUAUAUUAGGAAUUAGAACAAUUUGUAACAGCGUUCAUGGGAUCAUUUAAAGUUAUUUAUGGUGGAAAAUCAAUAACUAAUCUAUUAAGCAGUUACAUAGACAAAUUGUUACAUGUCGAGAAUGGAGACAUCUGCCUUAGGUCUCAUGCACACGAACGUAUUUUCUUUCCGUGUCCUUUCCAUGUUUUUUGCGGACCAUAUACGGAACCAAUUAUUUCAAUGGGUCCGGAAAAAAAAC